CGGAUACUCGAGGAUUUCCUCAUGAGGAGGAGAGAGUUUGAACUGUGAAUAAAGGGUGUGGGUUGUUGUGAAACCGCGUUUCAACAUGAACAAAACCUAAAAUACUUGUGCUAAACAUAUCAAGAGAAGUUAAUGAACGGUGCAAAGAUGAGAAGGAAAAUCUUUCAGAUGAUAGUGCUACUUCUGACAGGUGUUGUAUGCCUGGUCAUUAUCAUGAAUAAAAACAGUUUUGAAAAUGAUGAGCAAACACUGAAGAGCAAAGACAGUUUCCCCAGAUACGAAACCAUCCAGCCUGUGUAUCCAAGUUGUCAGCAGAAUAUGUCUGCUUAUGAUGUGAAUGGAUUUUCUACCCUGCCAAAUCAUAUUAAAGACUUCCUGCUUUACCAACACUGUAGGAGUUUUCCCAUGCUUCUUGACAUGCCUAAUAAGUGUGGCGGACCCCAAAACUCUGCAAAUGUCUUCCUUCUGCUGGUCAUCAAGAGUUCUCCAGAGAAUUACGAUCGACGAGAAGUUCUGCGGAAAACAUGGGCUAAAGAAAGAUUGCACAAAGGUGUGUGGAUCCGGAGAGUCUUCAUUAUCGGAACAAGUGGAACAGGCUUUGAGAAGCAAAGGUUGAAUAAACUAUUGAAGCUGGAGAACAGUGAGAACAAGGACAUUUUACAGUGGGACUUCAAUGAUUCUUUCUUUAACCUCACACUGAAGCAGAUCCUUUUCUUAGAGUGGAUGGAAAGAUGGUGCCCACACACCAGAUUUCUUUUAAAUGGAGACGAUGACAUUUUUGCUAAUACGUUUAACAUGGUUGAGUAUCUUCAAGGUCAGACGGGCAACGAUGGAAGUAAACAUCUCUUUACAGGGCACCUCAUCCAGAAUGUAGGUCCUAUCAGAAAUCCUUCAAGUAAAUACUUUGUCCCGGUGCAGGUUCAGGAGUCUGAAAGCUAUCCUCCGUACUGUGGCGGAGGAGGCUUUCUUCUCUCCGGCUUCACGGCCAAAACAAUCUACAGCAUGUCUCGUUCUAUAGAUCUGCUGCCCAUUGAUGAUGUUUACAUGGGCAUGUGUUUGCAAAAGGCUGGCCUCAAACCUACAUCCCACAUUGGUGUAAGGACUGCUGGUCUGCAUAUCCCUGCUGAAAAUGUAGACAAAUUUCACCCUUGCUAUUACAGAGAAAUAAUUUUAGUCCACAGAUUUCUGCCGCACAUGAUUUUUGUGAUGUGGAAUGAAAUACAAAACCCACGUUUGCAAUGUGGAAGCACAAAAUCCUUAUAAAGUCUUAUAAAUUAACAGGGAGUGUGAUUACUUUAAAAUGGAAACAUAAUAGCUUGCUGGACAAUGCAAUAAGACUUUUUUAAAACAUUCGAAAACAUGGCAAAAUGAUUGCCUUUUAAAAAUGUAAAAUAGUGCUCUGUUGCACUUCAGCUAUAAAGGGUGGUUGAUUCCUUUCUCAGCAAUGGUGAUUAUAGUCUUCGUAAUCUUUAUGCUUGUUUUUAAGCAACCUGAGAGUGCUUCUCAGUAUAUAGAUAUAUAGAAACAUCUAUAUUCUCUUUAAAAUCUAAUUUUAUCAGGGGAAUUAAAUGCACUCUGAGACAAAAAGAUUGUCACUGAAAAGUUGUCACUGGGGCAGU